AUGGUGGAGGACACUGAGUCGCCGGAAGCGGAGGGAGGGGCAGUCCCCCUGUUGGCGCUCCUCCGCGGAGAUGGGCUCAAUCGGACGCAGAUGCAGACGCAAAUGCAGACACGGCCGCCAUUGCCAUUCUUUGGCAGCUACAACAUCUCCGAGGACGUCUACUUCUACUUCAAUGGUUUGCCCACAAGCACGGAGCUGGCAAGUGGAGUUCUGAACGCCACCAGCACCUUGAGUCCCCUGGCAACGGCAACCACCACGCCAGAGCCAGAUCUCUCGGAGUUUCUGGAGGCCCUGCCCAACGACCGAGUGGGUCUGCUGGCCUUCCUCUUCCUGUUCUCGUUUGCCACCGUGUUUGGCAACUCCCUGGUCAUACUGGCCGUCAUCCGGGAGCGGUACUUGCACACGGCCACCAACUAUUUCAUCACCAGUCUGGCGGUGGCCGACUGCCUGGUGGGUCUGGUGGUCAUGCCCUUCUCGGCGCUCUACGAGGUGCUCGAGAACACCUGGUUCUUUGGCACGGACUGGUGCGAUAUCUGGAGGUCGCUGGACGUGCUCUUCAGCACCGCCUCCAUACUGAAUCUCUGUGUCAUAUCGCUGGACCGUUACUGGGCCAUAACGGAUCCCUUUAGUUAUCCCAUGCGGAUGACUGUGAAGCGGGCUGCGGGACUGAUAGCCGCCGUGUGGAUCUGCUCGAGUGCCAUCAGUUUUCCGGCCAUCGUCUGGUGGCGCGCGGCAAGGGAUGGCGAAAUGCCGGCCUACAAAUGCACAUUCACCGAGCAUCUGGGCUACCUGGUCUUCUCCUCGACGAUAUCCUUCUACCUGCCACUGCUGGUGAUGGUCUUCACCUACUGCCGCAUUUACCGGGCAGCCGUGAUCCAGACGCGAUCGCUGAAGAUCGGCACCAAGCAGGUGCUGAUGGCCUCCGGCGAACUGCAGCUCACAUUGCGUAUACAUCGUGGUGGCACCACCCGCGAUCAGGCGAAUCAGGUUUCGGGCAGCGGUGGAGGGGGAGGUGGGGUUGGCGCAGGAGGAGCAGGAGGUGGUGGUGGGGGCGGAGGCUCUCUGAGCCACUCCCACUCGCAUUCGCACCACCACCACCACAAUCAUGCAGGCGGCACGACCACAUCCACGCCCGAGGAGCCCGACGAUGAGCCACUAUCCGCUCUGCAUAACAACGGGUUGGCCCGCCACCGGCACAUGGGCAAGAACUUCUCGCUGUCCAGGAAACUGGCCAAGUUCGCCAAGGAGAAGAAGGCGGCCAAGACACUGGGCAUCGUGAUGGGCGUGUUCAUCAUCUGCUGGCUGCCCUUUUUCGUGGUGAAUCUACUGUCCGGCUUUUGCAUAGAGUGCAUCGAGCACGAGGAGAUCGUGUCGGCGAUAGUCACCUGGCUCGGCUGGAUCAACUCCUGCAUGAAUCCUGUGAUCUACGCCUGCUGGAGCAGGGACUUCCGCAGGGCCUUUGUGCGUCUGCUGUGCAUGUGCUGUCCUCGCAAGAUUCGCCGCAAGUACCAGCCCACGAUGCGCUCCAAGUCGCAGUGCCACGUGGCCGCUGCAAUGGUGGCAGCCUCCACCUCCUUUGGCUACCACUCGGUGAACCAGAUCGACCGCACGCUCAUGUGACGACAGCUGAGCAGUUGCAGCACCUGCAGCGGUGGCAGCAACUGCGGUGGCUCGCGAUCAGCCCACCACCAGCACCACUCCUCCGGCACGGCCACGCCCUCCUCCUCGCAGCGAUCCUGCACCAGAUGCCAGAGCUUCCAUCGCCACCACCACCGUUCCAGGCGCCGCAGCUCGGGGAUGCAGUUGCGCGGCGAUUACAGCUCCUCGACGGCGGUGAACAGUGCGCUGGCCAAGACGAUUGUCACGAUCAGUGCUCCUCCGGUGGCGGCUGCCUCGGCCAGUUCCCUGCACUUGGGAGCCGGAGCAGGCGGUCGACCCUCCUCGGUGUCCACCCUCACCAUUGCCUCGGUGCCAGCAGGGGGGUCCAUCAGUGGGGCCAACACCCCGCUGGCUCCCAGUUUGAAGGCCCUGACGCCAGGACCCUCCAACUCAUCGGGUCACCAUGUGUCCUUCAUGCCCAUGACGGGCAUGAAACGUUUGCGCAGCUCCAACGCCUCGCUGGGAUCUCCGAACGGGAUUAUCGGCGGUGCCGGAGUGGCGGACACCACCUCGGCACCCUCGCUCAUCGACGCCGGCGAGGAUCAGGCCCCGAUGCGGAACCACCACAGGAUCCUGGAGCAGUGCCAGAGUGGCCAGAGCCAGAUCACCACACUGGGCGACGUGGAGGACGACGAGGAGGCCAGCGACAGCGAGAGCGAGAGCAUCGGACUGGCCCUGGUGGAGACCACGCCCCAACUGGAGAGCCAGCCCAUGGAGGCGUCGAGUUCCUCCAGCUCCUCGGUCAAGUAAACUCAGCACCAGAACCACAAAGCAAAGCCCAGACUUUAUUUUUAAGAUACAAACAUAUAGGUGUGUUUAUCAGGGCAAGUCGCGGAAAACUUUGGACAGUUCUAAGCCAUUUUGCUUAAAAGCUAAACAAUUUAUCAUAUUCUAACGUUUUCUUGUCCCAAAUAAACUAAUUUUUUUAUAAGCUUCCUCUUAUAUAUGUAUAGCUUUUUUCUACAAUCUAAACCUAUUUAAGUUAAAUGUAAAAUAAAGAAGCUAAAAGUAAUGUACCAUACUUUUUUUCAACCCAACAUAUAAAAACCAUCUCUAUGUACUUUUUAGGCAAAAUUGCUUAGACAUGUCCAUUGAUUUGUUAUAUCUACCUAUAAAUCGACCCGCCCAAAGUGUGUACAUAGCAAUCUAGUCUCGCCUAGUCACUCAUUAGCUUAUCGAUCGGUGAUAGAACACUAUGCAGCAAGCAACCCCUUCUAAAU